AUUAUACUCGUGCUGCCAUGCAUUGCAGUCAAUCCUGAAGCUUCUGAGCGAGAUAUUGAAGAACAGUCGCAUAUAAUCGCCAUUAUUAUUGGACCUUCAUUUUCAAGUGUUGGCAAGAUUCAGCGUGGCGCCAUCAGAAUACCUCUUACUGGCCAUAGCAAUGCUGUUCUGAAAACAAACAACAGGUUAAACCAUAUAUAUUCUAAUCCGAGUAUUUCGAACGCGUUGUUCAACAUUAAGUAAGGUCCACGAGGGCUCUCUAGCAAGCCUUCGCUGGUUUUGAGGAGAUACAUGGUGUGCGAAAUCACAGAACCCGAUUAUUUCAUGCACGCCGUCAUUAAGAACCCUUGCUCUUCGGAUGGCCCCAACGUUGACCUCAGUGAAGGUUACAUGUCUCGAGAGACAUUGUCAGAAAUCUUCCGCAAACUCAAGGGCACUGCCGAGGCUUGGACACAACAGGCUUUCGGGGCUGUAGUUGUAGCCGUUCCUGCGCACUACAGCGAGAACUACCGCAGCAUUGUGAAAAAUGCUGGAGAGUCCGUUGGCUUGGAAGUUUUGCGAAUGAUAAACACUUACGCUGCCGUCGGACUCGGAUACGGCAUAGAAAAGUUGGAGGAUGAAUCUGGUCACGUCGUCUUUUACCAACUGGGAAGGGCUCACUUUGAAGUGUCCGUUGCCGAAGUAGACAUGGGAGUAUUCGACCAUCUCACUACAGUCAGCGACCAUGAACUCGGCAAGGAAAUAGGGAAAAUCGUCGAAGGAAAGCGAUCUACGGGUUCCUAUCGUUUCGGUCCAGUCAAGAUAGGCCUCUUCGAGCAGACACUUGAAUAUGUGGACAGGGCCAUCCAAAAGGCAAACCUGUCACGUACAGACGUUGUUCGACUUGUGGUCACGGGUGAAUACACACGGAAUCUACAAGUUCGAUCCGUGAUAGAAUCCCUAUUUGAGGGAAAACGCGCCGUGGGCUGGGGCGAUCGAAAGGAUUCCGAUCUGGUGCCAGGCACCUUGGAUCACGAUGAAUCUGCGACAUAUGGCGCGGCGGUUAUAGCCGAGAUCCUUGCCGGGCAUGAACGAUACGAAGAUGUUCUUGGUAAUUUCUCUUUACAAGCAAGAUCUUUAAGUGUUGAAACUAUUGGUGGGGGGUCUUUGCGGGCAUUUCAACGGUGGACAAUAUUACCAGCUAGCAGGAUUUUGAACCUCACCACGACAGUAAACGGCAAGUCAACCGUCAUCAUUUCAGUCUUCCAAGGCGAGAUUCCCGAAGUCAGGAAGAACGAUGAGGUGGUCGUCCUCAGACUAGAUUGUAUCUCACCUGCACCCCGCGGCACCCCAAAUAUCACUUUGCUUCUCGAAGCCUACCCAGAUGAGGUGGGCAAUAUUAUGCUUAACGCAACAGUCCAUCUCGUAGGAGGAAACGGAAGUUGUUAUGAUAGUGCGUUAGCCGUUUUACACAACUUCUAUGACGCAAAUUCUAUUACAAGCGAUGAUUUGGAGCUUGAGGCAGCAUUUGUAUUCGAUAGGAUAGGGCAUGAGUUCCUUGGUUCAUGCGUUAACGGUCAGGACAUGCUUGAACAGCAUUACGUUACUAAAAAGGAGUAUUAGGAC